GUGGCUCCUACACCUUCCUCUCACCACGACACAUCAGCACUUGACACAAGGAGGCUCCAGUCCCAGUUACAGCAGCCCGAGGAGGGGAGGGCAGUAUCUGGGGCACUCAGCACACCCAUGUGCUUGGCUGAAUCAUGGAGCUGCACUGUCUUCCUACUGAGACCCCCACCACAGUCAGCUCCUGCUCCACGGACCCCCUGUACGACAACUGCCCACCUUUCGCCCAGCGAGGGAGGGCCAGGGAAAAGGAAAUGGAGAGUAGGGUUGUGUGCCCGGCUGUAACCAGACUCCCAGGCCCUUGCAGCCCUCUGGCCGGAGUGUCCCCAGCUGUGGCUGUGGUUCCCACACUGGUCGGUGGGGGAAGAGCGCCUGGCGCCUGGCCAGAUCACAGCUACUGCAGCUGGGUAGGGGGCCAGGGGAGACAGGGCUGGGAAACAGAGCUGGAUCAGGGCAUAAACAGAGGAAGAGGAGGAGGAGAGAGAGGGGGCGAGCAGGGAGGCAGCGGGGAGGACAGAGUCCAUCUCCACCAGAGCCCCAAUCCAUCACAGAGUGAGGAGCACAGGAGUGCUCUGUCUCUGUAUGAUAACCUCCCUGAAGCGGUCACCCCUGAAAGCCUCCAGGAGGUCUGUGAGACAGAGACAAGUUUCCAGGAGCAGAUGUAUCAGGCAUGGUCCCCUGAGUACAUGCAGGAACUGAUGGAGGCCGAGGGAGUGAGUGAAGAGAAGAGCCCCUGGUCCUCCUGUGAGAUCAUCCUCCCAGAGAGCAGUUCCAUCAACCAGGACCAGAAUCCAGACCAAGUCAGAAAGCGUGAGCAGGAGCCAGAGCUGGACUCAGGAUCCUGUGAAUUUAAGCAGGCUGACCUCCAGCUCCCAUCGUCACCUCACGUCCUGACAGAAAGCUCCCCUCAGCUGUGUCCCACUGAGUGCCAGGCCCUGUGGCCCCCAGAGCAGCCGGCCUGGUCUCCCAGGGUGCCCCCUCCUAUACCCCAGGCUGACCCGUCUGCCAGCGCCCUCCGCAGCCUCCUCACCAGCCUCCAACAGCAGAUCGUCCGACAGAGGGGGGAGUAUGAGGAAAGAAUAAUCAGCCUCGAGCAGAGAAAUGAGGAACUGCAGGUCGAGGUUGUGCGGCUGAAAACCAACCUGGCGCAGCAGCGCCACUGGUACCAGGUUAUCCAGACUAAGAUUGUGGAGUCGGAGAGAGCCCGUGCCGCUGCAGAAAUACGCAACGCAACACUGCAGAGAGAGAUGGAGCAGUUCUUCGACACCUUUGGGGAACUCAACAACGAGGCCAAGAAGACAGAGUAUAUUGUCAAGAGCUUUUGAAGAGGAAUGCGUGUGGUGUGACGACGUGAAUGGUGUGUGUGACGUGCAGGGAAAAGGCAAGAAAGACCUUGUGCUGAGGUUUGUCUAUAGGCAGAACAUUUUGGUCUCUCUUUGGGAGGGAUUUAAGUGAUGUACAGCUUUUUCUUUACUGAAAGAAAAUGAAUCACUGAUGUCCACUUUAUUAGUUGCGUAAGGGCCGAGUGAUAAUAACGUUGUGGUCAAUGCAAUCACACAGGACAUCUCUGAAAAUAAAAGGAGAAACAAACGGAACGAAAAUGUGAAAUGUACAUUGUUCAAUGGCGCUUUUUUAAAUCAUGGUAAACACACGAGACUCUCUGAUCGCUGUGAAGCUCAGUCCAUAUUGAAUACGAUGUCGUGAGUGAGUUGGCCACUCCUCAGGUUGUUUAAGGCAUGACUGAAGAAUAAGGUCAUGGUCUUUGAAAGGAAAACAUGGUGCGCAAGUCCUCACUGAUCCCGUAGUGUUGUAUUUCUGCAUGUCCAUCACAUUGUGCAAUCAGUAAAAAAAAAAA